AUGUCGUAUGCUGACUUGAGUGUGCAGAUUUGUGACAGGAAAAUAUUGCUGGAAAAGAUUGGACUAGCAAUAAAACUUGGAUAUGAAGUUAUUGCAGUAGAUAUUGUACACACACCCUCAAAAAAUGUUAUGAAGAAAAAGAAAAAGCAGAAAGACCAGGCUGGUGAUGGAGUGAUGAAAGCUUGUACAUUAAAACUUACAGAUGAAGAAUUAAAAAGUCUCCAAGUUGACACCAAACGUGUUAAGAUUCUGAGCCGAGUGACCUUGAACGUUUCUGACAGUGACCAGUUGCAGUAUUUGAUGUCUCCAGAAGUUCAGGAAUAUGACAUUGUUGCUGUUCGACCAACAUCUUCUGAAAUCUUUGCUAAAGCUGCAAAGUAUGUCAACUUAGAUAUAAUUCAACUAGAAAUGGAGAAAAAUACCAAAGUUAUAACACCAGGAGGUCUUAGUGAGGGCAUACAGAAGGGAAUCCAUUUUGAGAUCCAGUAUGGUCCUGCCAUCAGAGACAGCUCUGUAAAGAGGUAUCUUAUCUCCAACUCCCAGCUUCUGGCCAGCUUCAGCAAAUCUAAGAAUAUCAUAAUUUCCAGUGGAGCAGAAAGGGCAAUUGAGCUCCGUGGCCCACAUGAUGUAGCCAAUUUAGGUUUACUGUUUGGACUCAAUGAAGCCCAAGCCAAAAACUCGGUCUCCAGAAGCUGCAGAAGUGUGCUGCUCCACGCAGAGGAAAGACGGGCCUUAAAAGCUGCAGUAGCGCUGUCAAUGGGUGACCUUCCAGAGGAUCAAAAGUGGGUCAAGGACAAACUGCAUGAAAUUCACUCUCUAGAGACAACAGAGGAAUCAUCUCCAAAGAAGCGAAAGCUUGAAUGAUGUUCACAAGGGCAUCUUUUGUAUUGAUGAUCAAAAACAACAGAAUGAACGAUAGAUUUGCAAAUUUUUAUUAAAAUGAAGUAAGAACUCUACAAUAUAUUGUAAAUGACAGUGUAUGGAGCAAUGAAAAAGACGUCUUAUUAUGAA